ACUGAUUUUAGUCUGUCUUUUAUUUUUAGUUUAUGCCCCGUUCUUCUCGUACAGGCGUAUUAGUUUUUGAUCCAGAAAUCGAGAAGACCGCACGAAAGUUGAAGAAGCAAGCUAAGGAGUGGAAAAAGAGAUCCAAUUCUGCUCCACCGAAUCUUGAGGAUCAAGAAGAAAUUGAAGUUCCAAUGGGUGACCGUAACAAUAGGGAUGAGGAGAACGAUAGAGAGAUCGUUGAUCCUCGACAGGAACCACCUCAACUGAUCAGAGAGUUAGGCCGUCAUAGAAACAAUCGCCCUUUGUGCAUUGUCCUUCCUGCCAUUAAUGGCAACGCUGAAAUACGGCCUGGUUUCAUUCAAGUGCUACCCAAAUUCGGUGAUUUACCUGGAGAGAGUGCACACAAGCACCUGGCUGAAUUUGAUCUAGUUUGCUCAACUCUACGCCCUCAUGAUUUUACUGAAAAUAAUUUGAGGCUAUUGACUUUUUCUCAUACUUUGCAGGGUAGAGCGAGAGAUUGGCUUUUUGAUCUUCCUCCUGGUUCGAUUAGAACUUGGGGAGAUUUAGAAGAACAAUUCUUGCGAAAAUUCUUUCCUGAGUCCAGAGCUGCAAAUUUGAGAAUGGCCAUUAGCAGCAUUAAACAGAAGAAGGCGGAGAGUUUAGCCGAUUAUUGGGAGAGAUUCCAACAGCUGUGUCGCAAGUGUCCUGAUCAUGGAUUUUCUGACUACCAAUUGCUUACUAACUAUUUUUAUCGUGGUAUGUCUUCUUUUGAUAGGAAAAUUGUUGACGCUGCUUGUGGUGGAAGCUUGACCAAUAAAACUUUGGACGAAGCAAAGCAACUCAUCGUUGACAUGGUUUCAAAUGGCCAACAAUAUGAGGAUGAGGAUGAUGAUCGUUAUAGGCCAGUGCAGAAAGUAGAAAAUUCCAACAUGAACGAGAGAAUUGAUGCUCUCACCUCUUUAGUUAGAGGACUUGCUGUCUCUAAAACUCAACACGUUCAAUGUGGAAUUUGCUUUGAAAAUAAUCAUCCUACUGAUGCAUGUCCAUCUCUGCAGGAUAAUAAUACUGAGCAAGCGUGCAUGGGAUCCGCUGAUGAGCAAGAGAUGAACGCACAAAGACAAAGGCGAAACGACCCUUUUUCCAACACCUACAAUCCAGGGUGGAGAAACCACCCAAAUUUUAGGUGGAGACAGCAGGAACCAGGGAUGUACGCACCAAAUCCGCCGCAAGCUGGACAGUAUGCCCAUACCGCACGUCCUGCACCGAGUUCUGCACCCAAUAUGAACGAUAUCAUGAAGAGCCUCGCCCAGAGCAGUGAAAUUGUGAAGAAUUUGGUGCAAAGUCAGCAGGCGUUCCAGCAUGAAACUCAGGCAGCGUUGAGUAAUAUGGGCACACAAAUCACGCAGUUAGCCACUCAGGUGAACAAGCUGCAGGCGAAUCAAGGCCGACUUCCCUCUGUCACGGAGAUGAAUCCCAAGGAAAAUGCAAGUGCAGUAACUACAAGAAGUGGGAGAAUUCUAGCUGAGCCACAACCUAAGCAGCAGAACAAAGAUAAGCCCGAUGAAGCCAAGGACGAUGCAAUUAGUGAAAAGUCACCAGAAUCCACCGAGCCUAGCUCUUCUAAGGUAAGUGGAAAACCUAAGGUUUCAAUUCCUCAAUCACUGACUGCACCACCUUUUCCUUCUAGGUUGGCUCAGAACAAGAGAAUUGAAGAAGAGAAGGAUAUUCUGGAAAUCUUCAAGAAGGUAGAAAUAAACUUGCCCUUGCUUGAUGCAAUUAAACAAGUUCCCAGGUACGCAAAGUUUUUAAAAGAGUUAUGCUCUAAGAAAAUGAAGUUUGGGAAUGAUGCGAGAAUUCGAGUGAGUGAGAAUGUUUCUGCUGUUCUGCAAAGAAAAUUGCCCCAAAAGUGUCGAGAUCCUGGUAUGUUCACUAUUCCAUGCAUUAUAGGUAAUAAGACUGUUGAGAGAGCCAUGCUAGAUUUAGGAGCAUCCAUAAAUGUCAUGCCUUAUUCUGUGUAUAAGGAUUUGCAAUUAGGACCUUUGAAAGACACUCGUGUUAUCAUUCAGUUAGCUGAUAGGUCUACUGCAUAUCCCGAAGGUGUUGUUGAGGAUGUCCUUGUCAAGGUCAAUGAUUUGAUUUUUCCUGUGGAUUUUUAUAUUGUUGAUAUGGAUGAUUCUGCUAAGCAAUCCUUGAUUCUUUUAGGGAGACCAUUCAUGAAAACUGCUAAAGCAAAAAUUGAUGUGGAUAGUGGAAUGCUUAGCCUUGAAUUUGAUGGAGAUGUUGUCACAUUUAAUAUUUUUGAGGCUAUGAAGCAUGUUGAGGAUCCUGAAUCUGUGUUCAUGAUUGAUGUUAUUGACCAUUUGGUUGAGGAAUUUGUUGAGAAUUUCAGGGAGGAUGAGCUUGAGCAUGUUAUUUUCAGUUCCCUAACUGAAGAGAACUCCAAAACUGAGGAGAAUGAAGCCAUUAGAGAGAUUAUCAUGCAGCUGUACUCAACGGAGGAAAUUCCAGUUCGGCACCUGUCGAGCAGGAUGCCCAUACCGACCAGCACAGAACCGAUUUUACCCUCUGUUGUGAAGCCACCGAAGCUGGACUUGAAGGUACUGCCCCAGCAUCUGAAAUAUGUGUUUUUAGGAGAGGAUGACACGCUGCCAGUGAUCAUCAACAAUGAACUCAGUGCAGAACAAGAGGUAAGGUUGGUAAGUCUUCUUAAGAUGCAUAAAUCUGCCAUUGGAUGGACUAUAGCCGAUAUCAAAGGUAUUAGUCCCUCUACUUGCAUGCAUAGAAUCUUACUUGAGCCUAAUAGUAAGCCGUCUAGGGAUCCUCAAAGAAAAUUGAAACCUGUCAUGAAAGAAGUUGUGCUUAAAGAAAUUCUUAAAUUGCUUGAUCUAGGGAUUAUUUAUCCGAUUUCUGAUAGUACAUGGGUCAGUCCUGUUCAUGUGGUUCCUAAGAAGUCUGGUUUUCAAUUGGUUAAGAAUGAGAAGAAUGAGUUGAUUCCCAUGAGGUUGCAAACUGGUUGGCGUAUGUGCAUUGAUUUUAGGAAGUUGAAUAAUGCUACUAGGAAAGAUCAUUUUCCAUUACCUUUCAUUGAUGAGAUGCUUGAGCGAUUGGCUGGUAAGGAAUUCUUUUGUUUUCUUGAUGGCUACUCUGGAUAUUUUCAAAUUUUUGUAGCUCAGGAAGAUCAAGAGAAAACCACUUUUACUUGCCCUUUUGGCACUUUUGCAUGGCGUCGUAUGCCGUUUGGAUUAUGUAAUGCUCCUGGUACUUUUCAGCGUUGUAUGAUGAGUCUAUUUUCUGACAUGAUUGAGAGUUGCAUAGAAAUUUUCAUGGAUGAUUUUACUGUGCAUGGAGACUCUUUUGACCAUUGUUUGACUAAUCUUGAACAAGUUUUGCAGAGAUGUGUCGACACUAAUUUGGUGUUGAACUUUGAGAAAUGUCAUUUCAUGGUGAGAGAGGGGAUUGUUCUUGGGCAUGUGAUUUCUGCAAGAGGAGUAGAAGUUGAUAAGGCGAAAAUUGAUUUGAUUGUUAAGUUACCUUAUCCUUCUAAUGUGAAAGAGAUUCGUGCUUUCUUAGGCCAUGCAGGUUUUUAUAGGCGCUUCAUCAAAGACUUCGCAAAGACUGCUCAACCUCUCACUAGGUUGCUUCAUCAAGAUGUGUCUUUUGUGUUCGAUGACAAGUGCAAGGAGGCCUUUGAUUUGUUGAAGAGUAGACUCACUUCUGCCCCCAUCAUUCAGCCACCAAUUUGGGGAGAGCCUUUUGAAAUCAUGUGCGAUGCAAGCGACUACGCCGUUGGAGCAGUGCUAGGGCAGAAAGUUGGGAAAGAGAGCCAUGUGAUUUACUAUGCUUCCAAAACUCUCAACCCGGCUCAAUGCAAUUACACAACCACGGAGAAAGAGCUUUUAGCCAUCGUUUUUGCUUGUGAAAAAUUUAGAUCUUAUUUGAUUGGCUCUAAAGUUGUUGUUUAUUCUGACCAUGCAGCUCUUAAGUAUUUGCUCUCUAAAAAAGAAUCUAAGCCUCGCUUGAUCCGUUGGAUUCUUCUUUUGCAGGAAUUUGACUUGGAGAUCAAAGAUAAAAAGGGAGCCGAGAACUUGGUAGCUGACCAUUUGAGCAGACUGCAGACUGUGUCGGACGGUAUGCCCAUACCAGACGACUUUCCAGACGAACAGCUGCUGCACAUCGACGGUAACAUUCCUUGGUAUGCUGAUUUGGUUAAUUUUCUAACUGCUGGAGUUUUUCCUAAGGGAAUAGAGACAGCCCGUAAGAAUAAGUUGAGGAGCCAAGCAAAAUACUUCAUAUGGGAUGAUCCUUAUUUGUGGAAGACCUGUGCGGAUCAAGUGAUACGACGUUGCAUCCCUGAUGAGGAGAUUCAUUCCAUUUUGAACUUUUGCCAUGCUCAUGCUUGUGGAGGUCACUUUGGUCCCAAACGAACAGCACGUAAGAUUCUUGAUUGUGGUUUUUAUUGGGAAAGUAUUUUUAAGGAUUCUUACAAUUUCUGCAAAAAUUGUGACAAGUGCCAAAGAACAGGUAAUAUCUCUUCUCGCAAUGAAAUGCCUCAAGUCCCUAUUUUGGUUUGUGAAAUCUUUGACGUUUGGGGAAUGGAUUUUAUGGGGCCGUUUCCUAGUUCUUUUGGGAAUUCUUACAUUCUUUUGGCUGUUGAUUAUGUUUCAAAGUGGGUGGAAGUGAAGGCCACCCGCACUAAUGACUCUAAAGUAGUUGCAGGAUUCCUUAAAGCUAAUAUUUUUAACAGAUUUGGAGUGCCCCGUGCCAUCAUUAGCGAUCAAGGAACUCAUUUUUGCAACCGCACUUUGGAAGCACUUUUCAAGAAAUAUGGAGUCCAUCAUCGAGUUGCCACGGCAUAUCAUCCACAAUCCAACGGUCAGGCUGAAGUUUCUAACCGAGAAAUCAAGAGCAUCCUUGAGAAAACAGUCAACCCGAGACGAAAGGAUUGGAGUUUGAGACUGGACGAUGCGGUAUGGGCAUACCGCACUGCAUUCAAGUCACCGAUUGGUAUGUCUCCGUACAGGCUGAUUUUUGGGAAGCAAUGUCAUCUACCUGUUGAGAUGGAGCAUAAAGCUUUUUGGGCCGUAAAGGAAUUCUAUUUAGAUGAGAAAGUUGUUGGCAAAGAGCGAAAAUUUCAACUGCAAGAAUUAGAGGAGAUUCGAUUGGAGGCGUAUGAUCAUGCAAGUCGUUACAAGGAACGAACCAAAUUUCUACAUGACAAAUACAUUCGAAGGAAAUCCUUUGAAGUUGGGCAGAAGGUUCUCUUGUUUAACGCACGCUUAAGGAUUAUGCCAGGAAAAUUGAAAUCUCAUUGGUUGGGUCCGUUUGAAGUUGUUAGUGUGAGUCCUCAUGGAGCUGUGGAAAUCCAAAGCCUCGAAACACGAAAGUGUUUUAAGGUUAAUGGACAAUUACUCAAGCCAUACUAUGCUGGAGUCGAAAUGGAGUCGUUCAAUGCGCUCAGCCUGACGUCUCCAACCAUUGUCUAAGGAUUUUGAACUUCUUUUCUGUCCAGCCAAGGACGUUAAAUAAAGGCGCUCAUCGGGAGGCAACCCGAUUUUUCUUGCACUUGUUUUGUUUAUUUUCGUUUUUUUGCUAAAAAAAAAAAAAAAAAAAAAAAAAAAAUGGGUGUGUUUUGAUCAUUUUCGCAGGUUAGGGGAGCAAGGUGCAAAUUCUGGAACUAGGGUUUUUUGACUAAAGUCAAAAUUCCCUCAAUUUGGUUUCCCCCAACACCACCCCCUCCCGUCCACCCCUGCCCCGAUCACCAGCGAACCGCCCACCCACCAUUCCUCAUGGCCGGAAGCUUCAGCCCCUCAUCCACCUACAUGAUUCCAGUUCAGGGAAGUUCCUUUUUGAAGCUUCCGUUUUCUUUUAGUUGUCUGUUGUUGUUUCUGUUGGUCUGUCAUACUCUCACACAAUGAGGACAUUGUGUUGUCCAAGUGUGGGGGGUGUUUUUAUUUUGUGUGUCUUUGCUUUGUUGCUCUGUUGGUUUGGUCUUCGAGUCAGUUUCGAGUCCUUUGGCAAUGUUAUGAUGAUGAUGUGAAGAGUUGAGAUUAUGAUAUUGGAUUUGGUAUGAUAGGCUGUUGCUCUUGUGAUGGAAUUGUGCAUAUGUUCGUAGGUGUUCUUGUAUGAGAAAAACGUGCAAAAUUUGAUCAAAAUACUUGAAGCCUACUAAAUUGUGAGGAUUGAGCCUUAAUGAGCACACAUGACUAGCUCCAAUUGUUUCUUUGAUGAGUGAUUAAUUCGAACUUCUAUGCUGAAUUUCUGGUUUGCCCGGUUGCCAUAGUCAAGACUGAGUUUGAGAACUUAAUGCAUGAAAAUGAUUAAGGCAUUUAGGAAUAACCAUUGUUUGGCCUGAACAUAUGAUCUGAACUUUCACUAUUCCCUUAGUGAGCCCGUUUGUGCCUAAUUUGCUCCUGUUUUGUUUGAUUAAAAGCCACAUAUAUUGAGCCUAAGCCUAUUUCAGCCUACUUUUGUCCUUUGAAAACAUGUGAAUGCACUAGGUUAUGACGAGAUGAGUACUCCUAUCAUGUUAAUGUGUUGUUGAUGAUUCAUUGAUUUAUUGAGAAUAUAUGUUGUUGAAAAAAAAAAACAGAAAAAGAACAGAAAAAAAAAAGGAAAAAGAAAGAAAAAGAUCAAAGAAAAGAAAGGGUUUAUUGUGUAUACAUUCAUUCAUGUUUAUGCUCUAUAUGUAUAUGUUAGAGUAUGUUAGAGUUGAUGCAUAUUUUUUUUGAGGAUUGUGGAUAUUUUGAGGAGCUACUCUAGAGUUUUAUUGAUGGAAGGUCUGGUGUGUUGCAUGUUUUCAAUCAUAUAUUGAGCCUCUUUGAUCCCUUUUUCUUGUUUAUCCCACCUGUACGUACCCAAGCCCCAUUAUAACCAAAAUGCAAGACCUUUUGAUUUAUGCAUUGGUUCCAUAUUUUGGUGGAGAUAGUGACAUAAGGGCAAACUGUGUUUGAAGGCAUAAAGUUGUGAAUUGUGUGAAUCUUUUCUGUCCAUAUUUAUCUUUUGAGAGAAAUUGAGUGAACUUGGUGAGGCAGGAUUGAAUUUGCACAAUUUUGACUUGAAUGAAGAACAUGGCAUAAUUUUCUGAGCAAGAGCAUGGUUAGUGGUUUGUGGAUGAUUGUAUCUUGAUCAAGACUUUGAAUAUUAUCUAUCAUAUUGUUGCCAAAGCUUUGUUUUUGCUGUUUUGAGUCUUCUUUUGUUCCUUUCCUGUCGUUUUGUUCUUUUUGGUGCUCGAGGGCGAGCUUUGUUUAAGUGUGGGGGGAUUUGAUUGGGCGUAUUUAUACGCAUUUAUUUGGAAGUUUUUGAUAUGAUUUUUGUGCUUAAUUCGUGUUAAAUAUCAUCUUUAGGAUAUGAUUAUGAUUUUAUAUGUAUUUUGAUGGUAUUUGAUAGGUUUUGGAGAAAAUGGUUGAUUUUGAGAAAAGUUUUGAAGUGGUGAAGCUGUGUGAAGAGGAAGCUGUCAAUGGGCACGCCGAAUUCUGCCUGGACGAAGUCUGAAACAAAGAAAUUAUAAGCUGCCAUAUUUUGAUUUUAAGACCCCAUGCGCCACUUUAUUUUGAUGAUAAGGCCCCAUGCGCCACUUUUCUAUUGUUUCUUUAGUUAAUUUCCUUGGCCUUUCACGCCACUUUAGCAGAUUAGGUUAGUUUUGUUAUUAAUAGGUUAGUUUUGUUAUUAAUAAGUGGGUCUGCGCCACUUUAAUUGAUUAGAAUUAGGUUUAGACUUAUUUUUUAGUUGCCUAAUUAGACUAGGUUAGUAUUAUUUUAAUUUCCUUAGUCAUAUAUAUAUGUGAAGUCAGUUGCAACGAGGGAUAUAUGAUAAUUCACUCCAAUCUUGA